ACUGCCAUUACCUAUCACUGUACUGCCAUGACCUCUCACUGUACUGCGGUGGUCCUUCUGUAGCUCAGUUGGUAGAGCAUGGCGCUUGUAACGCCAGGGUAGUGGGUUCGAUCCCCGGGACCACCCAUACGUAGAAUGUAUGCACACAUGACUGUAAGUCGCUUUGGAUAAAAGCGUCUGCUAAAUGGCAUAUAUUAUUAUUAUUAUUAUUAUUAUUAUUACUGCCAUUACCUAUCACUGUACUGCCAUGACCUCUCACUGUACUGCCAUUACCUCUCACUGUACUGCCAUUACCUCCCACUGUACUGCCAUUACCUCCCACUGUACCGUACCUCUGCAGUGAAGAGGAAAAUCAGAAACUGUUGGAGGACAGUCGAAGUUGAUAAAACUUCUCGUUUUUUAAAAGUAAAAAUGACCCUUAGCCUUUAAAAAAAAAAGAAAUUGAAGGAUACUUUUGCAUUAUUAAAAAAUGGCCUCAGAAGCCUCCUAUUGGUCCGAUUUUUGCAACUUAUUUACCAAUCACAAUAUGCUUUGUUUUUGUAUUUCCAUUGUGGUCCCUGAACCCAUAGGAUCAUUUAAAAAAAAUGAAGAGCCCUGUUACUUUUAUUUACAUGUUUAUCAAGUUCACCACCAAGGGUCUGUGCUCUGCGGGUUCCUUGGGACAUCUCUACUCCCUAUGAAGUUGACAUUUAAAACGAAAAAAAGAGUUGUUGAAUUUUGUCUUCACUCUCACUAACAGGUGAAAUUAUACAAUGUACAACAGCUGGCCAUACUCACUGCUCUACUAAUGAUACAACAUGUUACAACUUCUAGGAGAAAACACUGGAGACAACGAUACAAUGUAACAAUGGUACAACAUGUUACAACUUCUAGGAGGAAACACUGGAGACAACGAUACAAUGUAACAAUGAUAUAACAUGUAACAACUUUCCUUGUAACUGCUUUAGAAUGAAGUAUUAAAGCUGAAUUGACCUCUAUUUAAACUGGACAAUGGCAGGGCAGACCCUCUCACAUGACCACAUGCCCCGGUCAUGUGAGAAAUACCACCCAAUCCAUAGAGAAUGAUAGAGGCCUCUAGUGGCCAAAAGGCUGCAUUAGCAUGGGCAGGGCCAUUGAGGGCUUCCACCAUGAGAAUAUAUUCAACUGGGUGGGACCUUCAACCUCAUUGGCUGAUUCCUCGUGGUGACCCUGUUUGAGUCGUCAGGAGAGAUCAGCCAAUCGUGAAAAAAAACCUACUUUAAAAUGGUGAUAGCAUCAAUGGCACUGCCCGUGCUGUCACAGACACUAUAAUGUCACAGAUACAAAGAUGAGUCCUCUAUCUAUCUCUAUGAUCCCAUCCUGACUGCUAAGUAGACAUGUGUUAUCAUGUUAUCUCUAAAUACCGAUGGUUCAUAUGGAACGGUCGGUUCCUGGACAGAUGUGUAUGAUGUCACUCUUUUAAAGCAUGCGAAUUCUACCAUCUGUUCUCCCUGAGCGCCGUGUGGAAGUUUAGAACGCAGAACGUGCUGACGGUGCAGUUUGCCCCCCCCCCCCAAAAAAAAAACAAAGAAAAAGGCACAGCAACCUGGUAACAUCGGUAUGUGGCCUGCAGGCGACCCACUGUUGAACAUUAGUCAGAGCUGGAGGCACGAGGAACAAAUCCUCUAGUUCAGUUUAUCAAAUGGCAAAUCAAGAUGCAAAAGGAGCUGGAAUUACUCUGACUAUUGAGCCUGACAAUAGAAGGCAACAGAAAGCCAGUGAGCCUCCACCUAUGUCCUUCCCAUCCACAUCCAAGUCGUCCCAGACCGUGUCAACAUGGCAUGGUUUUGGGCAGAAGGUGCGUCUACUGGCCCCUUACCUGUGGCCCCGGGGCAGCCUGCCUCUUCAGGUAAUGGUCCUGCUCUGUCUGGCCCUACUGGCCAUGGAAAGGGUCAUCAACGUCUUCGUCCCCAUCUACUCCAAAAACAUAGUGAAUAAUCUGUCUGAUGGCAGCAGCUGGAGGACCCUGGCCACCACCGUGUGUAUUUAUGUCCUGCUCAAAUUCCUCCAGGGUGGAGGGGCAGGUACAUCAGGGUUUAUCAGUAACCUGAGGUCCUUCCUGUGGACGCAGGUCCAGCAGUACACCAGUAGGGUGGUUCAGGUCCGUCUGUUUGGUCACCUCCACUCCCUGUCGUUGCGCUGGCACCUGGGGAGACACACUGGGGACGUUCUGAGUAGUGUAGACCGAGGAACAUCUUCUAUCAACAGCCUGCUCAGCUACAUCAUCUUCAGUAUCCUGCCCACCAUCGCUGAUAUAGUCAUCGCCAUCCUCUACUUUGUAUCCUACUUCAGUGCCUUGUUCGGCCUCAUCGUCUUCAUCUGCUUGCUGAUCUACCUCACUUUCACCAUCCUGAUCACUGAGUGGAGGACCAAGUACAGACGAGCCAUGAACACUCAGGACUACAACGCCAAGUCUAAGGCUGUGGACUCGCUGCUCAACUUUGAGACGGUGAAAUAUUACAACGCUGAGGGGUAUGAAGUGACCUGCUUCGAGGAGGCAAUUCUGAAGUACCAGCAGUCAGAGUGGAAGACCAACGCCUCGUUGGCCCUACUGAACCAGACCCAGAACCUGAUCAUUGGCUCAGGGCUAUUAGCAGGUUCUCUGCUCUGUGCUUACAUGGUCACAGAAGGCCAGUUCCAGGUUGGUGACUAUGUCCUGUUUGGCACCUACAUCAUCCAGCUGUACACUCCUCUCAACUGGUUUGGCACAUAUUACAGACUAAUCCAGAGUUCCUUUAUUGACAUGGAGAACAUGUUCAAGAUCUUAACAGAACACAAAGAGGUGAAAGACGAUGUCAGCGCCACAGACCUCCAGUUGACAACGGGCGAGGUGAAGUUUCAGAACGUGAGCUUCAGCUACACUGAGGGGAAUGUGAUUCUCAGGGGUAUAUCGUUCACUGUGAUGGCCGGCCAGACUGUUGCUCUGGUGGGCCAGUCUGGUUCAGGUAAAAGCACUAUCCUCCGUCUGCUGUUUCGCUUCUAUGACGUCCAGGGAGGAUGCAUCCGUAUCGAUGAACAGGAUAUAUCCAGGGUGACCCAGACCUCUCUCCGCUCCUACAUCGGUGUGGUUCCUCAGGACACGGUGCUCUUCAAUGACAGCAUAAGAAACAACAUCCGGUACGGACGCAUUCCCGCUAGUGACCAGGAGGUGGAGGAGGCUGCCCUCGCUGCGGACAUACACUACAAGAUCCUGUCACUGCCCGAGGGGUAUGAGACCCAGGUGGGAGAGAGGGGUCUGAAGCUGAGUGGAGGAGAGAAACAGAGAGUAGCCAUCGCCCGUACAAUCCUGAAGGACCCCCGUAUUAUACUGCUGGAUGAGGCCACGUCAGCCCUGGACACACAGACAGAACGCAACAUCCAGGCUUCACUCUCCAAAGUCUGUGCCAACAGGACCACUAUAGUAGUAACACACAGAUUGUCGACCAUCGUUGGCUCAGACCAGAUCCUGGUAGUCCAUGAUGGCCAGAUUGCCGAGAGAGGGAGGCAUGAGGAGUUGCUGUCCCAGGGAGGUUUGUACUCUGCUAUGUGGCUGAAACAGCAGCACAGCACAGCCAAGACAGAGACAUACAACUCUAACCCAGAGGGUCAGCAGGCCACUACUCCCCACCACGGUCCCUUAGCCAGUAUCCCAGCACAGAGCUAACCUACAGCUAACCAGGG